AUGCGGGCCAGAACACAAUCUGGUAUCAGGCUAGACCAGCUUUUGUACAUUGUCGAAGAAACUGUUUUGAAGAAUCAGGAUCCGGUCACUGGACUCGUUACCAAUCAUCCAAACGACUUUCCCGGUAAGUUUUUUUUUCUUCAAAAUUUAGAUCUAAAGUUGAGAAGGUUUUGAUCUAGUUUUUGUAAACGCAAUCUAACGCCAAUUUUAAUAUUUUAAGUUUAUAAGAAGAUUAUUGUAGAACAUGCAUGGAUCCGAGACAAUGUUUAUGCUGUUCAGGCGGUCUGGGCAAUGUACAGAGCUUAUCAGAAGAGUGCAGAGUUUGAUGAGGAUUUGGCCAAAGCUCAUCAACUAGGGAUGCAAUGGUACGUCUUGUUGUUUUACUUUUUUUUUGUUUAGGAUGUAAAAACUGAAAAUUGAACUUUUGUUAUGUUGGGCAACGUUUUUUGAUGUCUUGAAGAUACGAAACUUGCUUUAAUGAGUUUCAUUUCUUACAAUAAUUUGAAAAGAGUAUGGAGAGUGUUUUAAAACAAGUAUUGAGCCGAAAGAUCGACAACAUAGUUGUAUUAGCUAAAUUUCAUCGAAAAGUUAUUAUAUUUUAGUGUGAAGCUGAUGCAAUCGCUGUUAGAAUGUAUGAUGCGACAAGUGGAUAAAGUAGAGCAAUUUAAAAGACAUCAACGAAGUUUCGACAGCAUUCACGCCAAGUAUUCUGCACGUACCAAGACAACCGUGGUCAGAGACAACGAAUGGGGACAUCUUCAACUCGACUCAAUCUCAUUAUUUCUUCUAACGUUGGCUCAAAUGACUGCAUCUGGGCUUCAAAUCAUUCGAAAUUGGGAUGAGAUUGCGUUUAUUCAAAACCUUGUCUAUUAUAUUGAAGUUGGCUAUCGGACGCCGGAUUUUGGGGUUUGGGAACGUGGUGAUAAGACGAAUCAAGGUAUCAGAGAGUUGAAUGCCUCGUCGAUUGGGAUGGCUAAAGCCGCACUUCAGGCGUUGAAUGAUUGUGGGGAUUUGUUUGGAGAUGGCUCUAAAGGGUCUGUUGUACAUGUUUUACCCGAUGAAAUUCAACAGUGUAGCGCGGUAUUGAGCUCGAUGCUACCUAGAGAGUCGUUUAGUAAAGUAAGGAGUUUUUUUUCAUAAAAUUGACAACGAAUACUAUUAUUAUUUGAAUCUUUUGGUUAAACUUAAGGACACGAAGGUUAAUAUGGGGAAAAAAUCAGUUUCAAAAUUUGUUUUUAAUAUAAUUGAACGAAAAAUGGCAAAAAUUAUUUUUUUUUUCGUUUUUAGGAGACGGAUUCAUCUCUCUUGGCUAUCAUUUCAUAUCCAGCAUUUGCGGUCGAAGAUUCCGAUUUAGUUGAAACGACCAGACAAACAAUAUUGGAGACUUUGUAUGGCAAGUACGGAUGUAGAAGGUUUUUACGCGAUGGCUUCAAAACAGCAUUGGAAGAUCGCAGCCGAUUGUAUUAUAAUAAUGACGAACUUCAAAAGUUUGAAAAUAUUGAAUGCGAGUGGCCAGUGUUCUUGUGUUAUCUGCUAUUGGAUGGGUUGUUUAGAAAGGACAAAGAUGAUACUGAAAAGUACUACAGACAACUUCAAGAGGUAUUUUUUUUGCAUUAUCUGUUGAGUUUUUAGGAUUUGUGGCAAUUUUCAUGAAAAUUUUGAAGUUUUGUUGUCUAAAAUAACAAACGAAAAAGGUUUUUGACUGGUAUUUAUAAAAUAUAAGAUUUUGUUAAUUCAAAUUAUAAAAACAAAGAUUUUGUUACCUAAAACAAUAAAAGACGAAGUUUUUAGGUUUUAACAAGGACAACGGAUGGACGAAACCUCUUCUUACUGCCAGAAUUAUACUCUCUGCCUUUGGAUUGUGUGGAAAAGGAGAGAACUGAAAGAGGAACGCAAAAAAGAGUACCAGCUGGUACUAUUCCUUUCAUUUGGGGCCAGUCUCUGUACAUUGUGGCUUGUUUAUUGUAUGAUGGCUUUCUGACACCAGCUGAAAUUGAUCCACUGAGUAGACGUUUGUCUGGUAUUGAACAGAGACCUUCUAGUGAGGUUCAGGGUAGGUUAAUAUAGCUAAAUUGGGAAAGUUUAAAAAAUUAUUUAUAAUUUAAAUUAUAACAAUAAAAAAAAUAAUUUUAGUGGUAAUUUUGGCCGAAAGCCGUGAAGUUCAAAAAGAGCUGGAACUCAAUGACAUUGAAGCCCAGAUGAUGCAUGAAAUCGACCCGAUCUUCUCCAUCCAGCCAGCUUCAGCCUUUGCCAAGAUCCUCGAACGAGUUGGGGAAUCCAAGAAGCUAAACCUAACUGGCAGACCUUCAGAUCGUGAUAUUGGUCUGCUCAGCACAAGCAGACUUUACCACCUUGGUCAAAAGUUUGUAGUUUUCUUACCACAAUUCAUGGACAGAAGACGAUCCUACCUAAUGUACGAUAUCCGAAUCCUUAUGGACGAAUGGGCGUCAGAACUCCAUUACAUUUAUACGUCUUGGAACAGUGUCAGUAUAUCAGGACGGCCGCUUGUAGUACUGUCAAUCAGCAAGAACAUGUUGGAAGCGACGAGUAUCGUACUUGGCAAUGGGUUAGCUAGAAGACGUCAGAAGUCCACCGUAAUCGGAGCGCUGAAAAAGAUCAAAAAUGGCUACAUUGGAGGAGCAAGAGUUGUCAUGAAGAACAUUGGAGACUUUUUCAGAACAACAUCAGUAUCGAAGCUUGAGUUCAGGGACCUUGAUGUAGAUUCUUACUUCAAUGCUUACAGUAGAUCAGCUCCAAAAACGUUGCCAGUUACUGCGGCAGAGACAAAAGCAGCAACGCCUGGAGUGAGAAGACAGGACAGUGUGAAGGAACGAUGGAACAAACAAUUCAAUACAGUACAGCAGGCAUCGAUGAGACAUAGGAGUAUCAUAAUGGACAGUAAUGAUCAAGGUAAGAGUUGAAUUUUGUGAAAGUUCUAAGAUCUUGGGGGUGGAAAGGUAAAAAGAAUAACUAAAAGUGAAUAACAGUGUUAUCUUUGAACUUACGGAGGAGAUAUAAUAGAUAUUAUUGUAUUUAACUUAUUUUCAGAUCUAGAAAAGCUUCGUCUAGCCUACGCCAAGACUGAUUUGAAAACAGACCGACCUAAUCUAGACCAUCUCUCACCAGUUCAAGAAGGAAAAGCUGAACAUAAACUGCAUAAAGGAGCUCAUCUUCAUCAUACAAUGCACGGCAGCGCCUCCAAUUCUUCGCUGGAUCACGCUCAAAUGAAGGAAAUGCAUGGUGACGACUUGGUGAACAUGUUGAGUGAAGCUGACGAUUUAGAUGAGCAGGCUUCACUUGUGCACUUUUUGUACUUGAAAUAGUAAGUUUUUGGAAAAUGUGGGUUGGAGGGCUACUACAACAUUAAUUUAGGUUUGAAUAUCAUGUUUUGUGUUAAAUAAUGCUAAUUUUGGCUGCAAUGUUAUAGUUUACACAAAACAGUUUUUAGUUUACAACUGCAUUUUUAGUGGCCUAGACUACGAUACCCAUCUAAACGACACACAAGGCGUCACAGUACGUGUACUAAUCGAAGAAGUAUACCAAAAAGUGUGUGAACAACGAGAAUGGUCAUGGGUCCGACUGACUGCCGGCUUAUUACGACGCCAAAUGGACGAGCUAACAAAGUCCGUCACUCACUUACUAGUCCGACAAAAACAGAUCACUCUUGGAGUGCCGAGCAAAAUUGAACGACCAAUCACGAGUCCUCGCACGAGAGAAGAACUGAAGCAUAUUCUGGAUGAGGUGUAUAGCGACGAUCCCAGCUCAUACACAUUGGCACAGGAAAUCAUCAUUUGUCUGGGCAGUUUGGUCAGAACCGAGCCCAAUUUGUUCAUUGAAAUGCUGAGGUUGCGAGUGGGAUUGAUUAUACAGAUUCUGGCCUCGGAGAUUUCCAGAAUUCGCGGAAUGUCGGGCGCCGAGGCCCUGCAACAACUCCUUUCCAUCUCACCAUUCGAACUAAAAUGCAUGUUAUUCUCGCUGUUAAGUGGAAAACUUCUAGAAGAUGUGGGUGUGGAUGAAGAUCAGGGUAUUCGCGAACUGAGAACAGGCAUGGGCAGCUUCAGAAAGCAGAUUGAAGUCAGGAAAUCAUUGAGAAAGUCACGAUCGUUGAGGUCACAGCCAGUGGAGGAAGUCAAUGACUUGAUGAGCGAUUUCUCGGAGCCAGAAGAAUUGUACGGUGAAGAAUUCCAGUUUGGGAUAUGGUUAAGACAUCGGCGGAUCGAUGGAGCGCUGAAUCGGGUACCUCCCAACUUUUAUUCGGUAAGAAAAUGAGGGUUUUUGCUUGAUUUUUUAAUGAUUCAUAGGUGAUUUUCAGUAAUUUUUGAUAAAAAAUAUAACGAUUUUUAUAAAAAUUAGUUUCAAGAUUAUAAAUGCACGGCAGGUAAUUUACAAGUACAUUUCAGGAUCUCUGGGACACUCUACGUCUAUUCCCUCGUGGCUUGUCCAUAAACGGCGUCAUUCUUGACCGCCGUCUAACCCAGGAGAUGACUAGAAGAGAGAUCAAGUUUGCCCUUCAAGUCGAACAAGUACUAAACAUGAUUGGCGAACCAGAAUACAGGGAAAUGAUCGUAGAAGUGUUGACAUUGAUGAGGAGAUUGGAUAAGAUCAUCGUGGCCGAGCCGCGAAUACCACAAGAUCACCCAUUUGAUGUGGAUCAAGUGUUAUGGCUGGCCAAUCAUAUCUUUGUCGAUCAUAACGUAGGUCACGGGUGUGGUUGGGAUUGUUUAGGGGAGUUUAUGGAAAAAUUUUAAUUUUGAGAAAUUAAAAUUUUUUGAAAAUUGCACUGUGCAAAAGACUAGAAAAAUUGCACGGUGCAAAAUGAACUGAUUAUAAAUUGCACAGUGCAGAUAAAAAAUAAAAAAUUUAAAAAAAUAGAAAUUGCACAAGGAAACCUUUAAAAUUGCAACAGUGCAAUGAAAAAAAUUUUUAAAUUUAAAAAAAUUCAUAAAAAUUGAACUUUUAUAGCGCGAAAUGAACACGAUAGUGAUGGAAUGUUGCGGCGAAGGCCAUCCGUGCGACGGUGCCCGAGGCAUUUGUCGACACUUUUACGACAGUGCGCCGUGCGGCGAGUACGGCUCGGCACACUAUGUCAUCAAGUCGCUAAUCGACAUUUUUGCACCGCCAAGCGACAUCUAA